AUGGGUUCAUGGGUAUCAACCAAGGGCAAUAAUAAUAAAGGGCACAUCCGCGGUAGUUUUACAUCAUUUACUACACUACGACCAUUCGAGUUCGCCGUCCUCCAGGUCGCUGAAGACACCACGGACGGAAGCACACACACCGAUGUGUCGAAACUCGGCCUGAUAGAAUUGUACAUCCAUCGCGCCGAGAUAACUGGUCCGAGUACGAAUCCGACGUUGUUCUCAUCCAACGAAGGAUUCGAGCCCGGCCCCGUAUCAGAGAAGGCGAAGAAGGUUGGGUGGCACCGUGCUUCACUUGGGAGCGAACAAACCGUCAGCCAAAUCACUGCAAAGAAAUUCAGUCGUAUUGAUGAAGAGCCAUUUGUCACGUUCAAAAUACGGUACCAACCUGAAGAGCUCUUGCGUGCACAUGGCAUCAUGCCUAUGCUUCCUCGACCAGACCCUAUCCCACCAUUGUCGAACGCUGGGUCCUCGACCCUGAAUGGCACAGGAGAUAAAAGGCCACACUCCUCUCCUAUCGCUUCAGGAUCGAGCGAACAACGACCGCAGAAACGAAGGAAGAAUGCAGAACCCUCGACUUCCAGUCCUUCAAAGGUUGCGAAGUCAGAGCCGCACGACGACAACGUUCUCGACAUUGAUGACGAUUCAGACGACGAAGUUAUCCGACGUGCAAAGGAAGAAAUAGAUAGAGCGAUGCAGAGGAAGCAACUGAAGAAUAAAAUCAAGUCCGAGCGAGCUCCCUCGCCUAUCAUAGUCGGGGAUGGAGCAGGCGACGUGAUAGACCUUACGCUCGACUAACGCCUAUCUUCCAUGUCGAUUAUUCCAGCUCGCUUUCCUUCUCACUGGACAAUCAACACACCACCUUCGCCGACUACCUAGGGAUCAUAGUAUCCUGAAUGGCACUGUACGCUGCCGACCUUCACACUUUUAUUACCCAUGCUUGUGGCCCGUUGGUGGUUUUUCUCCAUUCUUACUUGGCUAUACCCC